AUGAUGCCUAAUGCAAUGAUGCCGCAAAUGCCUAACGGUAUGAUGCCGCCGUAUGGUGCACCACCAGCGGCAAUGACCCAACCGGGUAUGAUGCACACACACCAAAUGCAGCCACCCAUGUAUCCCUAUCAGAACGGAAUGAUGAACUGGCCGUGCCAGGGUUCGCAGAUUGGUGCACCACAGAUGCAGCCCUCGGUUCCACCUACUCCGGUAUUCCAGUUUCAAAUAUCGCCAGGAAAAAAUGCACCUGGUAGGAAAUGA